UCUUCUGAAAUCUUAUCAUCAGUUCAUCUGUUUUGAAUUGAAAUCUGAGAGUGAAGGAAGAGAUGGAGGAGUACCUGCAGUAUAUGAAGACUCUCCGGUCUCAAAUGACUGAUGUUGAGGAUCAUGCCGCGAAGGUCUCCGUCGAGGAACAGAUGCAGAUUACCACAAUCAGUACCUUGGGGAAAGAUCUCGAGCAUGCAUUGUCUGAGACGAAGAGGCUUAAAGAAGAGACAGAUCAGAAGACGAGGACAAAAGGCGAGAUAUGCUCUCAUAUACUUCAAAAGCAGAGAAAAAUUUCGUCAAUGGAAUCUGAUUCAGCAAAUCUUGCACAGAGUUUGGAGCUUAUUCUUCAAGAACGAGACAGUAUUUCUGCCAAACUUGUAUCGAAACGUUCUAACUAUAUAAAGACUGCAGAGGAAGCUAGAACCAAACUAGAGGAGCAAAAGGGCUGGUUUGUUUCCCAUAUGAGCAAUGAAACUGGUCAACAUGGACAGCAAAAAGAAACAAGGAAAACCUUAAUGGAACAAUCAGAUUCUGCUAGAGCAAAGCUUGAUCAAGCAAAACAGAUGAGAUCCAACCUUAUCGAGGAAAACUCGAAGAUCAAGCUCUCAAUUGAGCAUGCGAAGCACAAGAUCAAUGAAAUUAAGCCAGAGUUAAUGUCAGUGGAUAUUAAGGUUCUAGAAGAGGAAUACACAGCUCUUUUGUCAGAUGAGUCUGGUGAGGCAGAGUAUUUGCAAUCGCUGCAGAGUCAGGCUGAGAAACUGAAGGGAAUAUCUUACAUCGCUAAAUGCGGUUGUGGAGAGGAGUACAGUGUUGGUCUAGCUUAGGCCAAACUUAAGAGUGCACAAUCAUCUUUCAGGUAUCUGAAUAUGUCAACACGUCAUAGAACCAAAAAGAAAUGUUAUGUUUGCUAUUUCU